AUGGGUAUCUUUGCCAAGAUCAUGGCUUUUCGAAAUCGCAAACAUAAGCUUCUUCCAGGUGCUAUCUCGCACGACGGUUCGGAAAUUAAAGACAUCCAUGCCGCGAUCAAGGAUUGCGACCGUGCAUUGAAGGCUUUACAAAGUCGCAGCACGGUUGCUGCUAGUAGAGGCGGCCUUCUUGCUGGACCACCAUUCGCCACACCUCCAGAGACCCUUUGUGACCCCUUGCAAACCCCUAUUACAGUAGGAGGCGGCCUCGACUUUACCAUCGAAUAUACUCUGCAUAUUCUUUGUUUCUGUGAUUUUCUUGUGAAGAAACAGUUGCUGGAGGCGAAAGUUCACGGCAAAGACAGAGGUUAG